UAAAACCUCUAUAAUAUUUUGACCGAUUGUUACGGUUAAAUAAACAUCAUUUCGGUUUAAUCAUAUUUUAUUCAACGCAGGAGACAGUUUUGACAGCACAACUCGAAAUAAAUCACGGGGUGAGCGUCGGACACGCGGCGACAGUAAGCACUCAUCGACCGCCGAAGCUCAUCCAUGGACUUAAUCAUUUUAUAAACUAUAAAUUCUAUGGCGCUGACCAAUACAUUGUUGUUGGCGCUUUGUGCCAAUUGGCCGCCGUCGAACAUUACAGAAAUCACUUUACCACCACCGUGGAAAUGGAUUUCUGAGCAUAAAGCGAAAUUCAUGAAUAGUACCGAAUAUCAUUGCGAUCUGAAAAACAACUUUCAAAUUCAAUACGAAAUAUUGAGGGGUAAACGGUUGAAAAUCGCCACAUUUCCAAAUUCAAAACCUCUGAGCUGGGUUACAAGAGAAAUCAACGGUACGCUUAUAGGACACGGAAUUGCAUUUGAAAUUGUGGAAACGCUUCGUCAACGGUACGGAUUCACUUACGAUGUGGUGGUACCAACGAGAGAAACUUUGUUAAAUGAAAAUGGCAGCAUCAUCUACAUGCUAGUUCACGGGGAAGUAGAUAUGGCAGCUGCUUUUAUACCGGUUUUGCCGGGACUGGACGACAUUGUCAAGUGGGGCAUUGAUUUGACUCAAUUUCAAUAUGUUGUGCUUAUGAAGAGACCCAAAGAAAGUGCUACUGGAUCUGGUCUAUUAGCUCCUUUUGAAAUGGAGGUAUGGUUAUUAAUUUUGAUGUCACUGAUAGCAGUCGGUCCAAUUAUUUACGGUAUUAUGAUGUUAAGGCAUAAACUCUGUGGUCACGAUUCAGGGAUAAUAUAUCCAAUACCCACGUGUGUUUGGUUCGUAUAUGGCGCGUUAAUGAAACAAGGAUCAUCUUUGAACCCAGAUACUGAUUCUGCAAGACUCAUAUUCGCCACAUGGUGGAUAUUCAUAAUGAUAUUGACCUCAUUCUAUACAGCCAAUUUGACUGCGUUUUUAACACUUUCCAAAUUCACGUUACCAAUAAAAAGAAUAGAUGAUAUUGCGAGUAAUGAGUAUCGAUGGAUUUCUUCAGAGGGUAGUGCCGUCGAGUACAUCGUCAAGGUGGACAACGAUCUGAAGCCACUCAAACAAUCAAUGUUUGAGGGAAAUGGUCAAUUUAUGGUUAUAAAUAUCGACGAAAUUGAUACAAUUUUAAAAUAUAUUUCGUCAGGAACGUUGCUUCUACACGAUAAGAAUUGGCUAAAUUUUUUGAUGUUGCACAUCGAAAGGUCAAUAACGGAUGAGAAGGAACGGUGUCGUUAUGUGUUGACUACAGAGCCAUAUUUGACAAGAUCAAUGUCAUUUGUUUACCCUAAACACAGUAUUUUACCACCACUUUUCAAUCCAAUAAUGCUGUCAUACAUGGAGUCGGGCAUCGUGAGGCAUUUGCAGACCAAAGACUUGCCCGAGGCGGUCAUCUGCCCUCUGAACUUGGGCAGCAAGGAGCGGCAGCUCCGCAACUCGGACCUGUAUACCACUUACGCGGUGGUAGUGUGCGGCUUCUCGAUGGCCGCGGCCGUGUUCACGCUCGAGUUGCUGUCCACGCGCACCGGUUGGUUCGUGGCCGCCGACCUCGGCCGCCGCUCGCAAGAUCCGCUGCACAGUGGCGUGGUCCGGUGCGAGAUCGCAGUCUUCGGUCGGCCGUCAAAGGCUAUGUACCCGUUCAGCCACCGCGACAACGUCAUGAACGCCGCAUCGGCCACGCAUUUUGCCUUCCGCGGAUCGUCGUCUUCGACUUCAUCGCCUCCGCCGCCGUCGUCGUCGUUUUUGCUGUUGGACGGAAAAUCGUCAUUACGACGAUUUCAGUACUGAUCCACCGUAGACUGCAGCUGAUACCUAUGUGGUAUACCUAUUAUACUAGCUGUAUAACCCGACUUCGACCUUGAAAAAAUAAUGACUAAAUACACAAUAUACAGUGCUAUUUCAUUGGUGUAGGUAUAGUGUUAGUACCUUAGUCCCUGAGCAGUUGAAGCCGGUCUACCACGCUUUGCGAACUAAUUCGAUUUAAAUGUGUAAUAUACCUGAGGUGGAUUGGAUAUGGCACUUGAUAUAUUUUCGAACGUAAUUCAAACUAUCUACCCUCUAAACUCUUCUGAUAUCUCAAAGAAUAUUUAAAAAUUGGUAACUACUAACUAGUGAUACCAAAAAUGGCAAGCAUUUAUGAAAAAAAAAAAUUACAAAUUACUACCUACUAUUACUAUUGUGAUCUGCAACCAAUAGUAACAUUUACAAAUAAAAAAAUUUCCAUCUUUAAUCUCAAAACUCUUGUGAGAGCACCUCUUUAAAAUGUGAAUUUUAAAAAAUCCUAAGCGCUCUCAGUAUUUGGUUCACUUUGCUUUGUGAACUAAUUUCACUCGGAUGGACAAUCUGACAGCUGAUGUGGAUUGGAUAUGAUACUUGAUAUAAGUUUAAACGUGGUUCAAAAUACUCCGCAGCGGGUCUCCUAGGUUAGAAGAAGUUACAGGGGCCGAUUUAAAGAAAAAAACCCUGCCUAGAAAGGGAUGGAUUAAACAAA